AUGAAAAGACAUUUUAAUUACACUGAUGAAUGUAACCCAUUUGGUGAUAAUACAUUAUCAACUCCAUUUGUAUGGAAACUAAAAAAUAAAUAUGAAAAAAUAAAAAAUGAUAAUAAAAUAAAAUUAACUACAAAUACUUUAUUAGAAAAUUCUAUUUCUAAAAUAAGUGAAAUUGAAGAAGUUAAAAAAAGAAGAGAAGAAAGAGAAAAAGAAAGAUCACUUCUAGAAGAUUAUAGACUUCAGUUAGAAAAACAAAGAAAUCAAAUUAAUAUUAAAGAAUACAAAGAAAAAGAACAAAUAUUUUUUAUAAAUCAAGAAAUCCAAUCAUCAAAUCAUAGAAUUAGUCAUAAUAUUAUACAACCAGUGGAUUUAUUUAGAAUAGCUAUUAAAAUUAUAAACAAUGAAGAAAUUCAAAAUUUUUAUUACUCUUAUUUUAAAUUGCCUUUUUAUAAUAUUCUUGAAGGUUUAAAAGAAAGAGAAUUAGAAAAUUGUGAAAAACAAAUAAAAUUACAUAUGUUACAUGAUAAAAUGUUUAAUGAAGAAAAAUAUAAGAAAUAUUGGGAAUCUCUUUUAUAUUUUGCUGAAUUUUAUUUAGAUAAUUUGAAUAAUGGUUUAGAACGUUCAGAUAAUAUAGUUGAUGAUGAAAAAAUCAAUAAAAAAAUUAAAUUAUUUUUUGAAAACAAAAAUUAUGAUGAAUUAACAAUAUUUGAAGAAAAGAUAAAAAAAAAAAUAAUUAGUGAUGAUCUUAAUUUUGAUGUAAACUAUUGGAACAAUGUAUUACUAAAAAUUCCUUAUUUUAAAUCGAAAUAUAUAUUAGAUGAUUUUCACAAAAAGUUACAUGAUAAAAUUUCAGUUAACAAGGAAAAUACAUGUUUACCUCAUAAAGUAUCACAAAAUAAUGAGGAAAAUGGUGUAAUAAAAAAAGAAGAAAAGAAUAUAAUUGAUAUGUUUGAAUGUGAAAGUCCUCUUUUAUAUUCAUUAGAAUCAUUGGAAGAUGAUGAUAUUUAUAUAUAUAAACCUGAAGAAGAAUUGGAAGAAAGAGAAAAGAUAAAUGAAGAAAUUUUAAGGAAAUUAAAAAAGAAAGAUAAUAAUGAUGAAAAAAUAGACGAUAUAAAUGAAGAAAAUACUAUAAAUAAAUUUUAUAAAAAGGAUAAAGAAAUUUAUGAUAAUUUUGUACGAAGAGAAAAAAAAAAAGGAAUAAAAGAUGAAAUAAUAAUGAAAGAUAUAUCACUACAUACAUUAACAAAUACACUAAAGUGUUCAUUAUUUGUUACAAGAAAACCAUUAUAUUUUAAUAGAAUUAAAACAUCUUUUGAUUGGAACAAAUAUAAUAAAACUCAUUAUGAUUAUGAAAAUACGCCACCUAAAUAUAUAUGUGGAUAUAAAUUUAAUAUUUUUUAUACCAACUUACUAAAUAAAAAACAACCACCAACCUGGAAGUUACAGCAUACAGAUGAUGAAAAUAAAGUUCUUAUUAUUUUUCACGGGGGAGCCCCAUAUUUAGAUAUAGCUUUUAAAAUUGUAAAUGCUGAAUGGUCAUUUGAUAAAAAUAAAGGAUUUAGGAAUGUCUUUGAUAAAGGAAUUUUACAAUUAUAUUUUAACUUUAAAAAAAAGAGAUAUAGAAGAUGA